AUUUUAGGAGUCAGGCUGGUUGGUGGUUCUUGUUGCUCUGGGAGAGUGGAGGUGCUUCAUGGAGAGACCUGGUACACAGUGUGUGAUGCUGACUUGGACCAGCAGGAUGCAGAGGUUGUGUGUCGAGAGCUGGACUGUGGGCUUCCUGUGGAGGUGCUGAGAGCAGCUGCUUUUGGCAGAGGGGAGGGUCAGGUGUUGUCAGAGGAGCUUCAGUGUAGAGGCAACGAAUCUCAGAUUUCCUUCUGUCCAACAUCAUCUUCACUCAGACACAACUGCACCCAUGACAGUGAUGUGAGUCUGGUGUGUUCUGGUAAGAUGCAUCUACAUCAUUUAGUCUUAAUACUCUUAACGUACAACAUGUCAUUUUUAACAUAUUUCUCCACCUUUCCCUUUUGUACAGACACUGUGUGGUUGGUGGAUGGUGGCAGUCGCUGUGCUGGGAGAGUGGAGGUUCUUCACAGAGGACAGUGGGGAACAGUGUGUGAUUAUAACUGGGAUAUGAGAGAUGCUGCAGUGGUGUGUAGAAAGCUGGGCUGUGGAGAUGCUGUAGAUGCACUGAGAAGAGCUCACUUUGGACAAGGAUCAGGACAAAUCUGGAUGAAUGUAGUGGACUGUAGUGGACCAGAGUCUACACUGAAGAACUGUAAAUCAUUAGGUUGGGGUAAACAUAACUGUCAUCAUGGUUUAGAUGCUGGAGUCAUCUGCUCAGCUGCCAAAUGGGGAGCAACUGUGGAAGAUGUGCGAGAAGUAAAAACAUUAAUCAUGAUGUAG